AUGUUCACCCCAAUUCAUACCACGCUGGGCGCGCUAUUAUUAUUCCACGGCUCAUCCGGCCUGCUCGUACACAAUGGCGCAGUCUUCGGCAUAUCCUCUCUCCUAUCCGGGUGUGCCUUCAACCCGAGUCGUGACAACGUGCCCAUCAUCGCGGGUUUGGUGUCCAGCAUUGUACCGGUGUACUUGUUGGCACCAUCACUGAUCCCGGAGUAUCCCACACCGCCACAUUCCUGGGCUUCUGCUGUAACAACUCUGGGAGUUGGCUUCUUAUUGGGAUGGGGAACAAAGAACGGUCGAGGCUGUACCUCCGGACACAUGCUGUGUGGCCUUUCGCGUCUCUCGCCCCGCUCGUUGAUUGCAACCGCUAUCUUCUUCACAACUGCAUUGCUCACAGCGAACUUUGUUGAGGGCGGAUCAAACAUCCCAUCUUGUGGUACAACCCCAUGCUAUACACCAGUGUAUCCAUCUGGGUCGGAGUUGGGCUUCAUGGCUGGUGCAGCGCUGCUAGCGGCAAUCACGAACUUCAUCACUGUUCCGCGGAAGGUCCGUCGGUCGGAGGAAUCUAGAGUCGUCUAUUCCUAUGUGGCUGGGUUGGAGUUUGGUCUAGGUCUUUUGAUAUCUGGAAUGGCGGACCCAGCCAAGGUGCUCAGGUUCUUUGCCUUCGUAACUGACCCAUCCCGAUUUGAUCCGUCGCUGGCGCUGGUCAUUCUGUUUGGGAUUGGACCUUCGCUGUUUACUUUCCUGGCUAAGAAACCAGGCCAAGCGGCUGAGAAGGGAAAGCCCGUUUCGAAGCCUACCCUUGCUGAGAAAUGGCGACUCCCAACAGCCACAGUGAGUGACAUCGAUUGGCGGUUUGUUGCAGGUGCAGCGACGUUUGGACUAGCCUGGGGACUGAGAGGGGUCUGCCCAGGCCCUGCAAUUUUGCGAACAGUCCUACAACCAACUUGGGGGCUGAUCACGAUGGGUGGAUACAUGCUGGGCAACCUCAUCUAA